AAAAGGAUAAGACGAUAAGAAGGGUGAACGAGGAAGUGGAGAUGAUUGAACACGGACUGAGGGUUGCGUGCCGACUUGAUCUUGUGGUUCAACCACUCAUUCCCACGACCAGAGAGCAAACGAUGAAAUAGAAAAACCCCCCCAAAAAAAAAAACCGAAGAGCGGAAUCCAUAGGGGAAACGAGGAAAGGGAAAACAUGCCAGCCAGAAACGAGGAAGGGGAAAAAAAAGAAAAAAGAACAUACAACACCUGGGAUUCGCUGGUCGUCACCGACCCAACUACUAGUCAGACGAUUGGUAGCUUAUCUAUGGGAGAGCGGACGGGAUCCCGAGUUUUCUACCAUCUAUGGUCGUAUGUGGUUGUUUGUGUCUGGAUGUCAAGUUAUAUGUCUCGGCCCGCGGGUAAGGUUUCUGUUUCCUGGAUAUGUAUGGGAAUGGUAGUGGGACUGGUGAUGGCGAUGGUGAUGGCUUGGUUUGAUCUGGUAUUUGUGCACUUUUGGAUCCGGAGCCAUUGGGCGGAGCCGAGAAAAUUUAGGAUUACACCGAUAGUUUUUUUUGGGUGUAGUGGUGGUUCAAACUGCGUGGCCGUUGGCGGGGAUCUAUCUGGUCUCUUGGGUUCCUAGGAGUAAUUGCGUGCAACAGCCGGCACCCCGUGAAAAAGGAAUUAAGGUAGUCAGCUGAGAUGGGUGUUCGGAAGAUCAUAUCGGGAAUUUCGAGCUUGUUCGAGGGGCAAGC